AUGGCCAAAAGGGGAUCGAUAUUCAAGCUCUCAUCUUUCACCAAAGGACCACAACUACAGAAUACUUGCGACCUAAUCUGUCUUGGAACCCAGGAAGGGCUUUCUGCUGGUGAUAAAGCUGACAAGCUGUAUAAGAUGAAAAUGGAAGCAUAUGGAGGCGACGGGCCAGUAUAUACAAGGACUUCCGAGUAUCCAGGUCAGUAUGGUAGUCGCGCUUGCAUAUCCUCACCUCAAGCAAUGAGUCUCAUGCGAUGCCGAUCUAAUAAAAUCAAAGAAAUCAAGAAAGAGAUGGAUAUGUAUGGUAUGGAAAGCUCAGAAGGAAAGUAUUACCGUUUUUACAACGUACUAUGGCUUGAGUGCAAGGGAAGAAUAGCAUAUCGGGGUGCUGUGGGACGUGUACUGAAGGCAAUCUAG